GACCAGGUAGUCUGUGUCCAUCCCUGACUAGGCCCUAUGCAAGCGGACUUAUAAGAAAUUGGUGAGCUUCAUUAGAAACGUGCGUUUUCGGAGGUGGUUAUGUGUGGGAAACGUCGUGCCAUAUUGCGAUGUAGGUUGGGACGGUCCCUGAGAGUGUUUUUGGACUGAUUGCGCAGCGGAUCUGGAGUCGGGACUGGUAACUUUUUUUUUUAAAUGAUGACUUUUGCCAUGCUGCGGCCUGUGGCGACGCACAUGAUCUACUCGGACUUCACAGUUACCUCAGAGGACGAUGAAAACCGCAGCGAGAGCGACGGCAGCUCGGAGCAAAGUUACUGUAGCUCCACCGACAAACGAACACGGAUUUCCAGCCAACUGGAAGGAGACUCUGCGGUGAUCAUGAAACAGAGGAGCGCAGCUAACGCCAGGGAGAGAGGCAGGACGCAGAGUGUCAACACCGCUUUCACUGCUCUUCGGACUCUCAUACCCACGGAGCCCGUGGACAGAAAGCUCUCCAAGAUUGAAACUCUUCGACUGGCAUCCAGCUACAUUUCUCAUUUAGCCAACGUGCUUCUAAUUGGAGACGGUGGCGCAGAUGGGCAGCCAUGCCUCGGCGCGGUCUACGCGCAAGGAGAGAGUGGGGCAAAACAGCCGCGGACCAUCUGUACCUUCUGUUUGAGCAACCAGAGAAAAGGGAUCAAAGAUGGAAAAGACUGUUUGAAAAUGAGAGGGCUGGGUCCGCUGCGAAUGAGACGCUGACUGAAGACCAGUGAAUGACUGACAACCUGAAACUCCUCAAAGACUUUCUCAGGGAAGAGUCAAAGCUGGUUUCGGAGAGCGCGCUCAUGUACACGUACACAUGCUGGAUCAAAUAAUGGAACCAAAGAAAGAGAUAUUUAUACUUGACUGGAAAUUUACGCAUAAGCCUUUCAAAGAUG